AUUGGCUCCUUUCGCUUUGGAGGCGGAGCCAAAAGGUGGAGGAUGAAGAAGCCAGGCGAUGCUGGGCGGGGCAGGUAGUCACGUGAGAGCUUUCCGCCGCUGCUGAUUGGCUCCGCGGCGUUGUGGGAUGUUUCCGGCGGAGUUGCCGGAAGUACCAUUUCCAGGUAGGCGGAGAGGCCUAGCAGGCGUUUCGAAGCCGCCGGAAACGCGCUUCUGAGGACACAAUGUCAGAACUGAGUGAUGAAGCCAGUGAAUCUGAACUUCUGAAUCGCAGUUUGUCCAUGUGGCAUGGAGUGGGUCACAUGGUCUGCCACGAAGAGUUAGAUGUUCCGUUGGACCUUCACACAGCAGCCUCUAUAGGCCAGUAUGAGGUGGUAAAAGAAAGUAUUCUAAGCAAGGAGGUGGACCUGAAUCAGCGGAACUGUGGUGGCUGGACCCCACUCAUGUAUGCCUCUUACAUUGGACAUGAUUCCAUUGUGCACCUGCUGCUAGAGGCGGGUGCGAAUGUUAAUCUACCUACACCAGAGGGGCAGACUCCACUCAUGCUGGCAGCUAGCUGUGGGAAUGAGAGUGUUGCUUCAUUUCUCCUUCAGCAAGGUGCCGAGCUAGAGAUGAGAGACAUCCAUGGUUGGACGGCCCUCUUUCACUGCACCAGUGCUGGCCACCAACAGAUGGUCAGAUUCUUAUUGGACAAUGGAGCUAAUGCCAACUGCAGGGAACCCCUUUGUGGAUACACCCCGUUGAUGGAAGCAGCUGCUUCUGGCCAUGAGAUCAUUGUACAGGAUCUUCUCAAUCAUGGAGUGAGAGUGGAUGUGCGGGACAACAGUGGGGCCACCACACGGACGCUGGCCAUGACAUAUGGACACAUGAAGAUCGUUGGGCUGAUCGAUCUCCACACAGCUCCUGUGCCCAAGGUUCUCUGCAGGGGUCCAGGUAAAUAUGAAGAUUUGAGUUCGUCUGACGAGUCCUAUUCCGCUCCUCAAAGACAGCGCCCUGUUCGCAAGUCAAAAGGCCCCAGUAUCCAUGAAGGGCCCCAUGCCUUGGCCAAAAUAACAGCUGUCAGAAUUGGUGGGAAAAGCCCUCCAUGUCAUGAGCAGGUCCCUCUGGAAGGCUAUGUUACUUUUAACGACUGUGGAAGUGGCCUCGAAGGAGGCAGUCUCUGCUGCAGAGAUGUCACCUCCCCUAUUAAUGAGCAUGAUGUGGAAAGCAGCAGCAGCAGAGAAGGCAGUUCUUCCUUCACCAAUGACUUGACCUCCAUCAGGAUCCAGAGCAGCAGCAGCAGUGAAGCUUUGGGCAGUGCUGUGGGGAUCAGCAGCGAGGGCUCCUUGGAGAGCAAUGAGGAUUCAGACAACACGACAGAAGUCUCCAACCGAAAGCAUGUCAAGAGCUACAUGAAGGCCAAAAAUCGUUAUAGUAACAGUGAUAACCACUGGUUUUGCAGAUCCCGGACCUUUAAUCGAUCCUUUAGUCCCUCCAAUACAGAGGCACCACCGUACACGGGGCCACAGGAUCUCGCCACCUUCCUAGAACAGAUUGGCUGCCUGAAGUAUCUGCAGGUAUUUGAGGAACAGGAUGUUGAUCUUCGCAUCUUUCUAACUCUAACGGAGAGUGAUCUGAAAGAGAUUGGCAUCACGCUAUUUGGUCCAAAGAGGAAGAUGACCUCUGCCAUUGCUCGAUGGCAUAGCAAUGCCAGGCCUCCCAGUGAUGCCCUUGAGUUGGCAUAUGCUGACCGUUUGGAGGCAGAAAUGCAGGAGCUGGCCAUUCAGCUCCAUAAGAAAUGCGAGGAGGUGGAAGCGCUGAAGGGGCAAGUUUCCCAGGAGCAGGAGCUGCGCGCGGUGGUCGAGGGUUGUCUUAUGGAGCGAGACGUGGCCUGGAGCGACGUCCAGAGGAAACUUCAAGAGGUGCAGGCCGUCACCAGAAACGCUGGGAUUCUCCUGGAGCAAAUGCAGGUUUGUCAGGCUGAAAUGUCUUCCCGAAUGAAUCAGGACCGUAUUGCUGGCCGAUCUUUAGAGACCAAAGGGCGCCUGGGAGCUGGGUCAGAAGGAUGGCUGCCCACCUUGAAAGCUCUCAACCUACCUGACCUCUCAACUCUCCUGGAGGACUGUGUGGGAGAAAUGGGAAAAAUUCUUCAUUCUGUCAACCUAAAUCUUGAGAGGCUACAAAGUCCCGAUAAGAGCAAGUCGACCCAGAAGCAGCCCUAGCAGCAGAGGAAGGUUGUUCUGACGUUGGGUGAUUUUUCCACCCGGAAACUGUGUUUGGCCUGGGAGCGUGUGAGAGUGCAAGAGACCGACCGUGGGCCGUCUGCCACGAGAGCAAUCCGCCCCUGUCCUGGGGAACGCAGGUGUGCCGGUGCAUCAGAUGGGGGCUGAAUCCGCUGGAUGAUGCUGUGAUUCAGAGCGUGGAUCUGCAUUUGGCUCCAAAGCUGGGAGAAUUCGGAGCAAAGCAGUGUCUUAAAGUGAAGAGGUUCAACGCAGGCGACUUGAUGAUAACAUCUACUUCUUGCCAUAGACGGUGUCUGGCUUUUAUUGGGAACCAACCAAGUGCUUCCCAUAUCUUUCCUUGUGUCUGUAUCAGGAAAGAUUGUUACCGUGGAGCCUUGGACUUAGGAACUUCAUCCCUUUUGUUUUGAUUUGUUAGAUUUGUUGGAUUUUCCGGGAAUCCAAGGACUUCCUUGUGGUCUUUUCCAGGUGUGUUGGAGAUGAAUGUUCAACCAAUUAUGGAGGAAACUGUGGAGGUUGUUCCCAAAAACUCAUUCCUUCUGAUUCAAAUCACUUUGUUUUAUGAUUCCUGUUCUUUUUGUGUAUUAUGUCUCAGUGAUCCUUCAGGAAAUGUAUUGUGUUUAGCAAGGGCCUAGUAGAGCUUGCAGGAGACAGCUUUGGGUCAUCAUUGUGCAGACUGUGAUGUCCACAGAGAUAUAGAAUUGUUCUCUAUCUUACUGGCUUUCCUUAUGCUAUCCAUGGGUUAGCUGUCAAGUUUAUCUGCCAGGACAGCGAGCUCCACCAACCAAAGGUGACAAUCUCCUUCUGUGCGUUGUCGAAGGCUUUCAUGGCCGGGAUCACAGGGUUGUUGUAUGUUUUCCGGGCUGUACAGCCAUGUUCCAGAAGUAUUCUCUUCUGACGUUUCGCUCACAUCUAUGGCAGGCAUCCUCAGAGGUUGUGAAGUAUGCCUCACAACCUCACAUACCUCACAACCUCUGAGAAUUCCUGCCACAGAUGUGGGCGAAACGUCAGGAGAUAAUACUUCUGGAACGUGGCCUUACAGCCCAGAAAACAUACACCCUAACAACAACCUUCCAAUCUGCUUCUGUUCUUAUGAGCAUGGAAGAGCUGAGGCAAGACCUGAGCAUUUCUGAAUGCAAACCUGGUGGUACAAACUGAUUUAUGGGACCUAGAGUUGAAAGUUUGUAUGGCUUAUCUAUCUGAGGGGGUGUUAUUUCUUGCAAAAUGGUAUUUUUUUGCCCGAAGUGGAAAGGUUGCAAAGCCUUUUCCUUUCUGUUGCACGUGUUAAGCCUAGAUACUCAAAGAGAUGAUCAAAUACUUAAACAUUGUGUGGUUAUAUGUCGCAUCUUGUGGAAUUUUAUCACAUGUCAAGAUGAGAUUUUAAUGUAUCAAAUAGAAAAUAAAAUAAGUUUGGGGUUUAACUAUUACUUCCCACUGCAGAAUGAAGGAUUGAUUGUGCCUCUACAGGAAAGGUAGUUUUUUUCUUGGGGUUGUUUUAUGUUUUCCGGGCUGUGUGGCCGUGUUCCAGAAGUAUUCUCUCCUGACGUUUCGCCCACAUCUAUGUGGGCGAAACGUCCGGAGAGAAUACUUCUGGAACAUGGCCAUACAGCCCGGAAAACAUACAACAACCCUGUGAUCCCAGCCAUGAAAGCCUUCGACAACACAGUUUUUUUCUUUGCUGUAUCAGCCUCUUGCACUUAAUGUCCUCUGAAUGUUUUUGAUUUUACUCCCUUCUGAGUCGAGAUUUAAAAUUUCUGAAGAUUAGGGUAAAAACUGUGUUAAUUGUUGGGACCAAGGUUCUAGGUCCACUUGUUUUUAACGUCUAGAGAACAUAGGAACAUUUAGUUCUCGGAAAGCUCAAAGAAAGGGUCACUUCUUUAUUUGCAGGUUGUGUUUGUUUGUUUGUUUGUUUUUGAAAAAAAAGAUGUGAUCAUUUUUAUAAACUUCAAUUAAUGUUUUUAAACAGAAAAUCUGGAUUAUUCUAAAGCCCAUGGUGCUGUAGCAGAGCUUGGCACUACUACACAUCAUACCGAGGUUGCAUUGUCAAGCUGGCUAGUGCUGAUGGCAAUAGUCAUAGUGUAAGAUAUGUGGAAACCUUUGGGUCGAGGAGGGCUGAUAUAUCUUCAUGUCCAACACAAAGUUUUGCUGGAGCAUGUGAUCUUAACACUCCCUUCCUAAGGGCUGUUUCCUCUGCUUUGUGGUGUUUGUAGAGGAAGUGGCUUACCUGCGCAUGGUUCCUGCUGCUGAGCACAUGGGUCCGAACACUGGGCUGUAGGGAGACCUUUCCCUUUUGUUGCUGCGAACCCAUUACCUUUGGUAACCAGAUUUUAAUGUGUUUUGCUUUGUGAAUAAAUCACUGUGACUCAUCA